CCGCGGAAUCGAUUCCCAAGUAGCGCGGCGGUCUUUAACGCGGCCUCUAAUGCGCCGCAAAAACGAGCGCCGUACAUAACCUCGAAUCCGCGACCGUGGCACCGUGGCACGCGCGCGGCGACGGCGUAGUAGUUUUUCUCUCCUCUCGUUCCGCGCGUGCGGGGUGUAAACCGUAAAGGGGGACCGAACUGCGCACCGUCGUCGUCGUCGUCCAGGACGGCUCGCGAGCGUCCCGCGUGGCAGCGUCGGCGAUGAAGUAAGCCUCGAGGUGCGCGGGCGUUGGGAGAAAACGCGUCUCGCGCCCGCACGGGCCGCCCGUUAUCGCGGACGCCUCUGCCUUCGUAAACGGCGCCGCGAAUUAGGUAUAUCUGCCCGGCCUGGCGCGACGCGCACACGCACGCACACGCCUCGGUUGCGUAAUGACGGCGAUAAAUCGAUGAAAAACACGCGGCGCCUUUUUGCUCCCUCUAACCUAUCGCCGCGGCGCCUUCGCGGUAUCAUGUGUCACGCUUCGCCGUAUCGAUACUAGGGUGGCUGUUGGAUGUUGCUAGGUCAGUUACGGGCGGCGCGGCGACCUGCAGUCGGGGGAUGUCGAUGUCGGUGCCGCACGUACGGUGUCGCGCGUAGGUGAGAGAGAUGUCUCGCAGCCUGCCGGACAGGGUGGCCGGGCUCUACUACGCCCACGGCCUGUUCUGCUCCUCCUAUCCCAUCGCCGUGCUCUCGCUCGCGAUAUCGGUUCUCCUGUUAUGCUGCUAUCCGCUUGUCAAUCUGCCCAUGCCGGGCAAUGCCCCGAAAACCCUCAUCAACGACACUGUCCUGCCGGCGAACGGCUCGGAGACCUCGGCGCUGUACGUCCAGCAGGUGCUGCUGAGGAUCGGAGUGACGCCGUGGGGCGAGGACCUGACGCUGAUGGACGCCUUCAGGGGGCCUCUGUACGAGGUGUUCAAUCUCCUCGAGAUCAUACAGAACUAUCAGCACCCGGAAACGUUGAAAACACUGGGCCAGGUGUGCCUGCACAUUGAAGCGGUGAAGAAGAGAAACGGCAAGAAGGCCGAGGUCUUGCCCGAGUACAACUGUCUCGUUCUGUCGCCUGCAAACCUCUGGCAACAAAGUAUAGAGUUGUUCGCCCAAGACACAAAUCUCAUUAACACAAUAUUUUCGUAUCAGAAUCUUCAGAGAGGGAAGAUAAGUCUCGCAGAAGUGAUGUUUGGGAUGAGCUUGAAGGAGACGGGAGUGAAACGCUAUCCCGCUCGGGUGCGUCAGAGAAUCCUCCAGUACGCCGUAACCAUUUACCUGAAGAAAUACGAUCAGGAAUUCGUAAAAGGAUUGCAGCACCGACUGAGAGCCUAUUAUCAACUGCAUCAAAAUGCCGACAACAGCACGGACGUUGAGCCGCGCGACCAAGUAUUGAACAUUUUCUAUCCCGGUGAAUUCAAUUACAGUGAAUUCUUCCCGCUGAUGAUGACUUUCCUAGCCUUAUUUUUCUACGAGUACUUCCAAGUGCGGAAAAUCGAACUGGUAAAGUCCAAGAUUGGCAUUGCAUUUAGCGCCAGCGUGACAGUGAUGGGCUCGCUGUCGAUGACCGUGGGCGUGUGCUUCUUCUUCGGUCUAACGCUGAGUAUGAGCGCCAAGGAAGUGUUCCCGUACUUGGUGAUUAUCUUCGGCCUCGAGAACGUUCAGGUGUUGACCAAGAGCGUCGUCAGCACGCCCGCCCAACUGGACGUGAAAAUACGUGUCGCCCAGGCUCUGUCCAAGGAGGGAUGGUCCAUUACGAAGAAUCUACUCACGGAAGUGACGAUCCUGACCAUCGGCCUCUUCACUUUCGUCCCCGCUAUCCAGGAAUUUUGCAUAUUCGCCAUUGUCGGAUUGCUCAAUGACUUUUUCCUGCAAAUGGUGUUCUUUUCAACGAUCCUGGCGAUCGACAUCCGGCGAACGGAGCUGUCCAGCGAGAAUUCCAAGUUUCACCUGUCGCACAUCCAGGCAUCGCGCAGACAACAGUUUACCACUACCAUUACCAACCGGAAACCUCAUAUAUUCAGGUCCAAGUCUCAUCCGAGGCUGAACGGACUGUCGACCGGGCCGACGAACGUUAUCGCUCCGAACACGCAAAAUACUCACACGUUGGCCAAGAUCCCGAAGCGUUUGAGACUGGUGCAUUUCUGGGCGCGGACGCGAAUCUUCCAGCGGGCAUUUAUGGUGGGGAUGGUCGUGUGGAUCAGCAUGACCAUUAACGACUCUGGUAUCAUCGAGCACAUAAUACACCUUAGCGAGACGUUAAAGCCAGAGACUGACAUUGAUGGAUAUACGGUGGACAAGCCUCAAUCAUUAAACAACUAUGUCGAGCUAAAUACGGCAACACCUAUGUCCAUAUCGCCCGCGACGGUGGCUCCGGAUAAUUUGCACGAACAGGAUCUAACUAAUAAUGCAACGGAGGAACUGAACAGGCUAAGACCCAUGGAUUUCCCGCCAUGGAGAGGCUUGUCAUUAUAUCAUUGGUCUUCAAUUCUCUCAAUGUACAACGUGUCGAUUGCCGGUGGCCGAGUGACUAUACUACCGACGAUAAAGUUAUCGCACGCAGUGAGUCCCCAAUUAGCAAAACAAAUUAGCAAUCCAAAUGACGUUCAACACUUCCAGUGGCAGAGUCUCGCUACCGCCGCGCUCGAUCCUUUAGAUUUUUCAGAUAUGGAGGUACUGUCCAGGCCGGAAGGACGCGUGUUUAAUACGAAUACGCCUUUCGUACCAUCGAGUCCGAUGGAGAUAUUUCUGGCCGCUGUGCUGUGUCUUAUCAGCGUGAUCGUGGUCGCUUAUACGAUGGUCGUGUUGUACCGUUGUAUCUGCUCAAGGAAUUACGCGGAGUGGCGCGCCAGCUGGUACCAGCAGGAAAAGACGCACGACUUCGUCACUCAGUUAGUGCUGGAGGCAGUACCUCUGGUCUUGGAAGGCCACACGCAGGAGGUGGAAUGUAUCGCGACGGACGGUAACACCGUCGCUAGCACGUGUUUAGCGGGACACGUCAGGAUAUGGGAUUCGACGUCCGGCGAGCAACUGGCGCAUAUCGAUAGACGGCAAUUCUUCAGCGGUCCGCAGAAAACGUUGAGUCAAACGUCACCGGACGCCGACGAGCUGAUGUCGGAUUACGAGAGCGGUUCGCCACCUUCCAGGGGAGAGAUGGAAGCGGCACAGUCGAUGGGACUUUAUUCACCGGCCUCGGCGAUGUAUCAGGGAAAGUUGUCUCCCGCUUACAAUAUGCGAAGGGUUAACAGCAACAACAACAACAACCACAAAAGACGAUCCGUGGGAAACAUGUUAGAUUACGAUUACCAGCUCAAUGAACUCGGUAGCGACGGUAAGCAGAAGUUGCUGUUACGUCGAAGCCUAGACAGUGCUUACGACCUUCCCGAUCUUAAGCCGACGAUCAACACCAAAUUUUCGACUAUAAAAUACACGCCUUCGCAAAAGAAUUAUGAUCAAGGCUUCGACUUCGGAGAGCGAUAUAAAAUCUUGUUAGAGGAGCACAACAAGUCCAUCGAGGAGAUGCAAAAGUCUACAACCAGGGAACAAUUUGGCGUUCUUGCUGCUAGAUCGAACACUUUAGUUGGCAGCACGUCCUCCAUAAAUACCGAUCGCACGAUACAAUCGUCGCACAUUAUAUCGGCGAUUUGGUGCAUGGAUUAUCAGGAAAAUCUCAUAGUAGUGGGCUGUGCUAACGGCAGUUUAGAAUUCUGGGAGGGUACGACCGGUAGAUUCAAGUGUCUCUUCGAUGAUGGAUCAGGACUUGGAAUUUCUGCCGUGAAACUCAUCGGUAGCAGAGUAGUAGCAGCUAAAUUAAACGGCGCUGUAGACUUUCUGCAACUUGAGAGUUACAGCGAAGGCCAGCAAAUUGAUUGGGGCUUCACGUCUUACAGAAGAACACAUGUACGAACGGGAAGCGCCGGCUCGCCCAUGGAUCUAAAUAACAGUAUGCAAACGGAGGAAGACAUGCGCUGCAUGAAAAUUAGCUCUUAUAGAGCGCAUCAACAAGCGAUCACUGUUUUAGAUAGCGAAGGUGGACGCGUAUUAACAGGCAGCCAGGAUCACACUUUAAAAGUGUACAGGCUAGAAGAUCAGCUGCCCCUGUAUACGCUUCAUGGACACUGUGGUCCGAUAUCGUGCCUCUUUAUUGAUAGAAUAAGUCCCAUGACAUCCGGCAGUGGGUCUCAAGAUGGAUUGUUGUGUGUGUGGGAUCUUUUGACAGGAGCGUGCAUGUAUAGUAUUCAAGCCCACGAUGGUGCUGUAGCCGCUAUCACAUGCUCAGUGUCCUAUGUGAUAAGUAUCGGAACGGAUGAAAAACUGUGUGUUUGGGAGCGCUUUCAAGGGCACUUAUUGCAUACCUUACCGGCACACAAAGCAGCUUAUAGCUUACAAUUAGUGAUGCUGACGCAUCAUCUCCUCAUAACUAGCAAUCAGGGAUCAUUAGUAGUCUGGGAUGUAAGAACGGGUGAGCCAGUGCGGGAAGUAAGAUUAGGUCAUAAAGACAGCUGCAUUUUCGUGAAGCAAAUGUUGGCGCUGGGGGACAGCGUCGUCUGCGACUACGGUCGGCAAUUGCGAAUAGUCAGAUUUCCAUUGGUCUCUGAUAAGCUGGACUAAGUUCUUUGUAUACGCGUGUACAUAGCCGUUUCUCUUUCUUUUGAUCUAGCGUUAUUAUUUGAGGAAGUGUCUUAUGUUAUAGUCUGUCUAGAUCUUAGAAACUAUAGAUUUUUAUACAACAUAUAUCGCGUGUAUAUUCUAAAGAGUGAUGUAUAUUUUCGAUGUAAGUUUAUGUUUUAUGAUAAUACACGUCUUUACGGGAAUAUAUUUUUUAUCCGACGAAACACUGUUUACAUGAAUAAUCACAUCUUCGAUCUUUUAUGGCGAAUCGUAUUAGUGGCAUUAAACACCAAUUGAAAAGCUUUGAAGAAAUUAAGAUUGUGUAGUUAGAUAUGCAACGGUACGUUCUAUUUUUUUAUUUCAUUUCAUUGAAAAUGAUUUAGAAUUCUGAACUUUACUACAACAUCGAACAACUCGAAACAAUCUUAGCAUGCGUUUAUUUAAUACCUAACAUGCAUAGUGGCUGUGCUUCGUUCUGGAACGUUUAUUAGUUUUUGUUAUGUAACACAAAAGCGUUUAACGUUUUUAAUCUUUUUAUAAUAAGUAACAUCUCGUGAUAGCAUACAUGCAUUUGUAAAACCGAUGUUGUUCUCUAAUGCAGAAGCGUAAGACAGCUAUGGCCCAUAAAAAAUUAGGUAACAAUCAUGGUGAUGAUGAUGCAAAAAUAUUGCAUCUACAACAGAAAAUUGUAGUGACCAUUUGUACAAAUGAACAUUGAUUAUGGAAUUAUAAGAACUUUUUUGAAAAUUUCCCUUCGAGUUUGGAAAUUAUCGGUUAAUGUAAUAACGUUAUAUUCAUUGGUUAAAAUUGUAAAAUUUUCAAAGCUAUUAUCUAUGAGUUCUUACGUACGUAAAUUCAUCGUAUAGAUGAAAAUGCACUGACGUUGUGUGUACAUCAGGUUUUAAAAGUGCCUUUAUCGUAUCCGUCAUUUUCAUCCUCAUAUCGAGAAAGAGAACGAAAUAAAACGUAGAUAAAUAUGACAAAAAGAAAUAACCUUAUUCCGUAUUACACAUUAUGAUAAAUAAAACAAACUUGAAAAUAAAAAUUUAUUUUCUAUUUAGUUAGAAUUUUGCAAUAUGAGUCUCAUUUAUUCAAUGGCAUAGCGUAACAGCAUAUCUUCAAAUACUUGGUAUCUGUCACUCGCUAUAAUUUAAUUGAGACAAUCUAGUAUACCCAGAUUGUUAUAAAAGUUUGGAAGAACUGUAGCUAUGAUGUUAUUUUUUAAUAUUAUGUUGAUUAGUUGAUAUUUAAAAUUAAUUUAUUUCAUGGAGUUGAGUAUAAGAUAAUUCUUAAUUAUGUGUCAAUACUUCAUUUAAUAUUACAUAUAUAAUAAUUCGAUAAAUAAAUUAUACUCCUAUUUUUAGCUCUAAGAUCGCGUCUUGAAAUAUUGAUAUAUAAUUAAAAGAAUUAUCCUGUGCAUAUUGAUUAUGUACGUUACUUGCGUGAACGUAUUUCACUGAUACCAUUGAUUCUACUGAUUAGGUGUCUAUUCAUGGUUAUUGUACCAGAUAACAUUUCCAUUUGUGUAGGCUUAAAAAUAAUUUCCUACUGGCGGUCAUCCAUUCGAACAAAGUGACGUGUGCUUUUACUUCAUACGGACUGUAUAAAUACAGUCGCUGUAGUAAUGUGUUGUGUCUAAAUCAAUACAUACAAUAGAGGUAUGCUUCUUUACUUGCUUUUUAUUUAACACGGCAGCUGCACCGACGUUUCUUUAAGAACGUAUAGUGUUACAUAAAGGGGCAUUUGGGGGAAGAGUGUACUGUGUGUGCUGUUUCAUUUGUUAUUUUAUUAUUAUUAUUUUGUUAGUACUCUACGACUUCGAAACAUGCAAUGAAUUCUUAGUUAAGGUACAUGGAGCGAAAAUCAAUUUAUUAAAUAGUCUAACAUCUAUAAUGAAAAUUAACUCAGGAAUAUUGGCAUGUCGAGCAAUAAUGUUAAUAACCCAUUGUGGAGAAAAAUAUACUUCUCUCGAUCCUGAGUUUUGCUAAAUGUUUUGCACAAUAUUUGGUCGUAUAUAAUAUCGCUGUAUUAAAAAAUAAUAAUUUGUAAAUUAUAUACGCAAUGAUAUUAUUGUCGAAAUAAAUCUGAUUGUACUCAUGCCAUUUUUCACGAGUUAAUCGUUUUAGACUGAACAUAUAUAUAUAUAUUGUCAAUAAAUAUUUUAGAUUCUAGCGGAAAAUACCAGCGAGUCUGAGAAUCGUCGAAAAUCGAGCCAUCAAAGAGAGAGAGAAAGAUAGCGACAUGAUCGUACUAUGUAUUUUUCUCAAGCAACUUUCUACAUCACAAGAUAUUGCAUUGCGAAACAUUGAUUCGUCUGUACCAAUCGAAAAUGAAGCAAGAAAAGAGAGCGAUUUGCGUGUUUGAUAAAUCGCAGCACACUUCGGAAAGAAAGGAAAGAUGUACGAUCAAUUUUUUUUAAUUGAAUUGAUUGCAUUAACUUUAAAAGAUUACCUAACUUUAGAAAAAAAUAAAGUAUAUUUAACUAAUGUUCUAUGCUAGUUAGGGUGCUUUGUGAGAAUUAACCGCGAUUAUUGAAACAUUAUCGCCACGAUCUUCCAGCGAUUUGUCGAGCAUCCUGUAUUAUAACAAAAUAUAUUCUCAAUGAAACGGUUAUUGGCUCGCUAGCGAUUAUAUGUAAAUGAAAUCUAUGUGAUUUUAUAUUUAUUUAAUUAAUGCGAUUACGUCGAGAUUGUAUGCACAGUACAGAGCGAAAUAUAUUAUUCUUCAUAAA